AUGUUGAUUUUGGACAUCAUCAGGAAACUACUAGGUUCCACAAAUGAAUUCCACAUGGAGUCUUUCAUGGUUCAAGGGAAGGCUACAUUGAGUUUCGUAGGCACCAUGGCCGCCUGCGGAUUUGGACGGUGGAUGACAAAAUACAAAGCAUGGUUGAAAAAGAAGAAACAGUGCCCAAGAAAAGCGAGCUGCAAAGUGGAAGAAGUGACGGAGGAACCUUUGACUCCAACGGACCAAUAUGAUUCCGAGGUUUGGGUCUAUAGGCUUGGAGAAGUUCAUCGAGCUGCUUUCUUGGCAAUGGCUAGAGGCUAUACACCAGUGAUUAUUGUGAGUCCACCUUCUUGA